AUAAUUACUUGAUAAAAAAAACAAUAAUUAUAAUUACGUAACCUCGUUUUUCAUUUUCUUCUUCCCUUCUUCUCUCCUCUUCAAUUUUCAUACAAAACCAAACCCUAACAAAUUCACAGUAACAGUAAACAAAAUCAGCGAUGGUGAAGGUUCGUAUGAACACGGCCGAUGUCGCCGCCGAAGUCAAAUGUCUCCGGCGGUUAAUCGGAAUGCGAUGCUCCAAUGUGUAUGAUCUCACUCCCAAGACGUACGUUUUCAAGCUUAUGAAUAGCAGUGGAGUCUCUGAAUCAGGUGAAAGCGAGAAGGUUUUGCUACUCAUGGAAAGUGGUGUUAGAUUGCACACUACUGUUUAUAUGCGUGACAAAAGCAACACUCCUUCUGGUUUUACACUCAAAUUGAGGAAACAUAUUCGAACUAGAAGGCUUGAGGAUGUGCGACAACUUGGGUAUGAUCGGAUUGUUCUUUUUCAAUUUGGACUUGGGGAGAAUGCAAACUAUGUUAUAUUAGAGUUAUAUGCUCAGGGCAACGUCAUCCUUACGGAUUCUAGCUUCACUGUCAUGACUCUACUUCGAUCUCACAGGGAUGAUGAUAAAGGGCUUGCAAUCAUGUCACGCCAUCGUUAUCCAGUAGAAAGUUGUCGAGUUUUUGAACGAACAAAUACAUCAAAGCUGCAGACAGCCCUAACAUCUUCCAAGGAAGAUGACAAUGAUGAGGCUGUUAAGGCCAAUGGAAAUGGAACUGAUGCUUCUAAUGUAGAAAGAGAGAAGCAGGGAUCCCGGAAAGGUGGGAAGUCAUUUGCCACUUUGAAAAUUAUCCUUGGGGAGGCACUCGGUUAUGGACCUGCCCUUUCUGAACACAUGAUAUUAGAUGCUGGUUUAAUCCCCAAUGAGAAAGUACCCAAAGAUAAAACGUGGGACGAUGCCACUGUUCAGGCAUUGGUCCAAGCAGUUGCAAAGUUUGAAGAUUGGAUGCAGGAUAUCAUUUCAGGUGAAAUAGUUCCAGAAGGAUACAUUUUGAUGCAAAACAAAAAUUUGGGGAAGGAUUCUUCUGUAUCCCAACCUGAAAGUCUUAAACAGAUCUAUGAUGAGUUCUGCCCCAUCUUACUUAACCAGUUUAAGUCAAGGGAACACACAAAGUUUGAGACAUUUGAUUUAGCCUUGGAUGAAUUCUACAGCAAAAUUGAGAGUCAAAGGUCUGAACAACAGCACAAAGCCAAAGAGAACUCAGCUCUUCAGAAACUUAAUAAGAUACGCAACGAUCAGGAAAAUCGAGUGCACACUUUGAGGAAAGAGGCAGAUCACUGUAUUCAAAUGGCAGAAUUGAUAGAGUAUAACUUGGAAGAUGUGGAUGCUGCUAUAUUAGCUGUUCGUGUAUAUCUUGCUAAGGGUAUGAGUUGGGAUGACCUUGCUCGGAUGGUGAAGGAAGAAAAGAAAGCCGGAAACCCAGUAGCUGGUCUUAUUGACAAGCUCCAUCUUGAAAGAAAUUGCGUGACUUUACUGUUGAGCAACAAUCUCGACGAAAUGGAUGAUGAUGAGAAGACACUCCCUGCGGAUAAGGUUGAAGUUGAUUUAGCUCUCUCAGCACAUGCCAAUGCUCGGAGGUGGUACGAACUGAAGAAAAAACAAGAAAGCAAACAGGAAAAGACUAUUACUGCACAUGAAAAAGCUUUUAAAGCCGCAGAGAGAAAGACUCGCCUACAGCUUAGUCAGGAAAAAACUGUUGCCUCAAUUUCGCAUAUGCGCAAAGUUCACUGGUUUGAGAAAUUUAACUGGUUCAUUAGCAGUGAGAAUUAUUUGGUUAUCAGUGGACGUGAUGCUCAGCAAAAUGAGAUGAUAGUGAAGCGUUAUAUGUCAAAAGGAGAUCUGUAUGUGCAUGCUGAACUGCAUGGAGCUUCUAGCACAGUUGUCAAGAAUCACAAACCUAUGCAGCCAGUUCCGCCGCUGACCCUAAACCAAGCAGGAUGUUUCACAGUCUGCCAAAGCCAGGCAUGGGAUUCAAAAAUGGUUACCAGUGCCUGGUGGGUUUAUCCUCAUCAGGUUAGUAAAACUGCUCCUACUGGGGAAUAUCUGACAGUAGGGAGUUUCAUGAUACGGGGAAAGAAAAAUUAUCUUCCACCACACCCUCUUAUCAUGGGUUUUGGCCUGCUAUUUCGCUUGGAUGAGAGUUCACUGGGAUCACAUUUAAAUGAAAGGAGAGUAAGAGGAGAGGAGGAGGAAACAAUAGAUGAUAAUGCAGAAACUGGCCCUGUUGAAGAACAAUCUGAUUCAGAGUCUGAGAAGGAUGUUGCUGAUGGAGAAUCUGCUGCAGACUCAGAAAGGAAUGGUAAGCCAUCUGCAGAUUCACCCAUACCCCUAUCGGAAGACUUUCCUGCCGACACAUCUCAAACUAGUUUGGAUACCAUUAAUGCCAAAACUACAGUUUCAGAUGAUACUUUUGCAAAAGAUACAAGUACGACAAAUAUGCUUGAGAGUGAGAAAUUACCUGACAUCGGUGGAAAUGGCUCAACAUCUGUCUCCCCUCAGCUUGAGGAACUUCUUGAUCGAGCUCUAGGACUUGGAUCUGUUGCCAAAUCAAAUAAAAGUUAUGGAGCUGAGAACACUCAGGUUGAUUUAAGCAGUGAGAACCACAAUAUCGAGCCGAGCAAACCUGCAGUAAGGGAUAAACCGUAUAUAUCAAAAGCUGAGAGAAGAAAGCUUAAAAAUGAACCGAAACAUGGAGAAGCAUAUCCAAGCGAUGAACAUGGAAAGGACAAAUCAAAGAUAAAAGAUAUUUCUGGUAAUCUGCAUGCAAAAGAUGCUCAAAAUUUGAAGACAGGCGGUGGUAAAAAAGUCAGUCGUGGACAAAAGGGAAAGCUUAAGAAAAUAAAGGAGAAGUAUGCUGACCAAGAUGAGGAAGAAAGGAGCAUCCGAAUGACAUUAUUGGCCUCUUCCGGAAAACCAAUCAAGAAGGAAGAGACAUUACCUGUAAAUGAAUCUUCGGACAAAGGGAAAAAAUCUGACAAUGGUCCUAUAGAUGCUCCAAAAAUAUGUUACAAGUGUAAGAAGGUGGGUCAUUUAUCUCGGGAUUGUAAGGAGCAAUCAAAUGAUCAGUUGCACAGUCAUGCAAUCAGUGAAGCUGAAGAAAAUCCCAACACAAGUGCUUUAAACACUUCCGUAGAUGACAGAGUGGCGAUGGAAGAAGAUGAUAUUAAUGAAAUAGGAGAAGAAGAGAAAGAAAAACUGAAUGAUGUGGAUUACUUGACAGGGAAUCCACUCCCAAAUGACAUUCUCUUAUAUGCUGUUCCUGUAUGUGGUCCAUACAACGCAGUUCAGUCUUACAAGUAUCGAGUGAAGAUAAUUCCUGGACCUGUGAAGAGAGGGAAAGCUGCAAAAACUGCAAUGAACUUAUUCAGCCACAUGUCAGACGCAACAAAUCGGGAGAAGGAGUUGAUGAAAGCCUGCACAGAUCCUGAAUUAGUUGCUUCAAUUAUUGGUAAUGUGAAGAUAACUGCAGCUGGCCUUACUCAAUUAAAGCAAAAACAAAAGAAAGGCAAGAAGACCGCCAAACAAGCAAGUUAGCCUAUCCAAGACAACCCUUCCCUUCGCGGGAUUUUCUUGGCGGAAAAUGUUUUCAUUUGUUUGUUUUGUUUACUAGAGCUCACAAAUUUGUAUGUUGUAUAUCUUUCCAAGUUUCAACACUGUAGAGUAGGGUUUUUCCCCUGUAGAUCUCUGCUGGAUAAGUACUAGAUAGGUAACAGCUGAAAUCAUAUGGAAAUAACAAUGAUCAAUAACUGAUUAGGCAUCAGGCUUGUUGGAUUCAAAAAGGCAAUUGAUUCCUAAGCUAAACCAAAUUUUGUUUUGAAAAA